AUGGCAAAUAAAACCGAUGAAAUCAACAAGGGUUACAAUAGACCCGGACCAACAUAUUUAUCCCGAAUAUAUUCAUAUCAUUUCCAUAAUCCGGAACCGUAUAUUACGCUAAAUGAAGCAAUAUUUUACGCAACCGGAAUAUGUCUUCUAUCAUUAAUUUAUGUAUUAAUCGAGCAUCCAUAUUUUCAAGCAAUGAUGCAUGUUGGAAUGAAAAUUCGUGUUGGUGUGAGUCAAUUAAUUUAUCGUAAAGCAUUAAAAUUAAAACGUGCAUCCGCUGCACAAUCGGCGAGUGGAGUUAGUGGCGGACAAACAUUGAAUUUAAUGUCAAACGAUGUGUUACGUUUUGAUAACGCACCAUUAUACUUUAAUUACUUAUGGAUUGCACCGCUACAAGCGCUGUGUGUCACGAUAUUUUUAUUCUUCGAAUUAAAAUAUUCAGCGCUAUUUGGUGCACUAUCAAAUGUUGUCCUAUUACCAUUACAAUUUUAUUUGGGAUAUAAAACCGGGAAAGUACGAAGUGUUACCGCGGAACGUACCGAUGAACGUGUUCGACAAAUGAAUGAAAUUAUUCAAGGAAUUCAAGUGAUUAAAAUGUAUACAUGGGAAUAUCCAUUCGGACAAUUAGUACAUGCAUGUCGAAAACGAGAAAUUGAUGAAUUACGAAAUGCAGCUUUUAUUAAAGGCAUUAUUAUGUCGUUUAUUAUGAUAACGGCUCUUUUACGUCAAACAAUGACCACACAUUUCCCGUUAGCGAUAACACAAAGUGCUGAAGCAUACGUUGCAACGAAACGUAUUGGACAUUUUUUAAGUUUUGAAAAUGAUGAAGAAAACGGAGCUGGAGCUUUAUUAUCAUUUCAAAAGGUUCCAAAAGAACCAAUUUCUAAAUUAAGCUUAGAAAAUAUACCAAAAGAUGUAACUGAAUAUUGUAUACGAUUAGAACAUUUGGAUGCUAGAUGGCGACCAGAUUUAGGACCACUUGAUUUACAAAAUAUUACUGUAUCAUUUGAAUCGAAUAAUUUAAUAAUGAUUAUUGGCUCGGUGGGAUCCGGGAAAACAACACUCUUAAAUGUUCUACUUGGGGAAGUUCCAGUUUUAACAGGAACAUGUACUGUUAAUGGUGUUAUAUCAUAUGCAUCACAGGAACCAUGGCUAUUUGCUGGAACGCUUCGACAUAAUAUCUUAUUUGGAGCGGAAUUUGAUCAGGAACGUUAUUCGAGUGUAAUCAAUGUUUGUGCUUUAUCGAGAGAUUUGAGAAUUUUACCGAGAGGGGACUCGACAAUUGUUGGGGAACGUGGAUGUGCGCUAAGUGGUGGACAACGUGCUCGAGUGAAUUUAGCCCGAGCUAUUUAUAAACAAGCUGAUAUAUAUAUUUUAGAUGAUCCCUUGUCAGCAGUUGAUGCUGAAGUUGGACGACAUAUAUUCUUUCAAUGCCUCACACAAUUCUUAAAUGAUAAAACUGUCAUCUUGGCAACGCAUCAGUUACAAUUCGCUCGUUUCGUUGAUAAUAUUAUGGUUUUGGAUAAGGGUGAAAUGAAAUCGUUUGGUGAUUAUAAUACCAUACAAUUACAAGGCUAUAAAUUUUCCAAAAUUAUCGAAGAUGAUGAUACGUUAGAAGAAGUUGUUGGCAGAAGUGAAUCGUUACCAUAUUUACAAGUAUUGGGGCAUGUUAAUGUUCAUACCGAAAUACCUGCAUCGGAAAAAGGAAAAUUAUCAGAAAAGCCCUCAGCCGAUUGGUGGAUUGCUGAAUGGGUUAAAAUUGAAGAACGACGUUUUUUACAAUCAAAUUCAACACGAUUCGAAACAGAGACCGUAAUCGUUGUGUUAGCCCGUUCGAUUUUAUUUUUUAUCGUUUGUAUGCGUUCAAGUGUUCGCUUACAUGACGACAUGUUUAAUAAAGUAUCACAUGCUGUUAUGCGAUUCUUUGUUGAGAAUCCUUCGGGAGCUAUACAGAAUCGGUUCUCGAAAGAUAUGGGUCAAGUAGAUGAUGAAUUACCAUCGGCUUGUAUUGAUAUGGUACAAAUUAUUUUAACGCUUGUUGGAGCAUGUGUUGUUAUUUGUUGUAUGAAUCCUUGGUUAAUAAUUCCUACGCUAAUAAUGACAUACGCGUUUUAUUUAAUUCGAAAACGUUAUUUACGGGUAAGUUACAGUUUAAAAAGUUUAGAAACACAAAUGAAAUCACCGGUUUUCAAUCAUUUAAAUGCCUCGCUACAAGGUAUUAUUACAAUUCGAGCAUUUCAAGCUGAACAAAUGUUAAGCGAAGAAUUUGAUAAGCAUCAAGAUGUCCAUGGUUCAGCAUGGUUUUUAUUUUUCUCUUCAUCACGAGCUUUUGGUUAUUGGUUAGAUUUAAUCUGUGUUAUUUACAUUACCAUCGUUACAUUUACGUUUUUAACUAUUUCAAUUGUUGACGAGUAUAAGGAUGUAGGAUAUGCAACCGGUUUAUCAAUGACACAGAUUAUGGGUUUAAUUGGUAUGUUCCAAUGGGGUAUGCGACAAUCUGCUGAAUAUUUUAAUUUAUUAAUGUCCGUAAAACGGAUAUUAGAAUAUAAUAAUUUAGAACAGGAACCAGCGUUACGUUCAGCAAAUAAUUUAGGUCCACCAGAUGAUUGGCCCGUAAAUCCAUCGAUUGUUUUUCGUCAUUUAAAUUUACGUUAUUCACAAGGAACAUCACCGGUUUUACGUGAUUUAACAUUUUCAAUUCGACCAAAAUCGAAAAUUGGUAUUGUUGGAAGAACCGGUGCUGGGAAAUCGUCAAUGAUUGCUGCUCUAUUUCGUUUAGCAUAUUUAGAUGGUUCAAUUAUUAUCGAUGGCAUUAAUACAAAAUAUAUUGGUUUACAUGAAUUACGGAAAAAAAUAUCAAUUAUACCACAAGAACCGGUUUUAUUCUCCGGUUCAAUGCGUUAUAAUUUAGAUCCAUUCUUUGAAUAUCCCGAUUAUCAAUUGUAUAAUGCAUUAGAGGAGGUUGGUUUGGAGAAAUUCGUUUGCGAGGAGCUAGGUGGUUUAAAUGCAAUUAUUUACCAAGGUGGUGAAAAUUUUAGUGUGGGUGAACGACAAUUAGUGUGCUUAGCUCGAGCACUAAUUCGACAAAACCGUAUUUUAAUCUUAGACGAGGCAACAGCUAAUGUUGAUCCACAAACAGAUGCGUUAAUACAGAGAAAAAUCCGUCAACAUUUUAAAUAUUGUACGGUUCUAACAAUUGCGCAUCGUUUAAAUACGGUUAUGGAAUCAGAUCAAGUGAUUGUUAUGGAUGCUGGGCAUGCGGUGGAAAUUGGUUCACCAUGGGAUUUAUUAAAUAAAAUAGGUGGUCAUUUGUUACGUAUGGUCAGACAAAGUGAUCGUAUGACCCAAAAAGUAUUAUUUAGUAUGGCAGAACGUGGUUUUAAGAAACGUCAAAAGCAAAUCGAAGAAGAUCGACGUACGACAACUUCUAGUUUGGGAAGUUCAUUGGAAUUUGUGACAUAACUCGAUUAUUAAAUCCUUUCAGAACCUGGUUUUAAAAAACGUCAAAAUCAAAUAGAAGAAAAUCGACAUAACUCGAUUAUUCAAUCUUUUCAGAAUGUCGGUUUAAGAAACAUCAAAAUCGAAUAGGAGAAGAUCGACGUAUAACAACUUCUAGUUGAGGA